GUGGUCAGACGCAUGUGCCGAGGUCUGCAGCGUCCCGCGGGUGCGGGACAUGAGCCUUGUGGCUGGUGACGCCGACUCCUUGGGCGCGGGCGUGGCCUACUUCUCCAACUUCAAGACGCCAGGCGGCUUCCGCUGCUCCAGUGCUUUGCCUCUGCAUGAGGUGCGGCACAAGCGGCCGAACCUCCACAUCCUCUGCAACACCGAGGCCGAGCAGCUGCUGCUUGAGGGCCACCGUGUGGUCGCAGUUCGAGCUCGCCAGGGCGGAUGUGAUUUGAAGAUCAAUGCUGGGCAGGUGGCCCUCUGUGCUGGAGCCUUGGGAUCGCCACAGUUGCUGCUGAAGAGCGGCAUUGGGGCGCCGGAGAGCCUGGCGAAAGCGCAGGUGCCGUGCGUCCACUCCUUGCCUGGCGUGGGCGAGAACCUACAG